CUGUGAGAGACACGAGAAGCUGUGCUGUGUUUGAAAAGAGGAGGAAGAGGAAGAAGAGGAAGAAGAAAUCAGACCAUGUGACCCGUUGUUCUCCUUUAUCAUAGAGCAGGAAAAUCUCUCCGCUCACACGCGACGAUGAAGAUUCAGAACAAACAAGGGCUGAUGCUGGCGAGCCUGCUGCUCGUGGGCCUGUGUGUCCAGGCCGCCGCCGUGCUGGACGGCAGACUGGACGCCCACUGGGAGCUGUGGAAGAAGACUCAUGGGAAGUCGUAUCCAGAUGAGGUGGAGGAUGUGCGCCGCCGGGAAUUGUGGGAGGAGAACCUGAUGCUCAUUAACACGCACAACCUGGAGGUCUCGAUGGGGCUUCACACCUACGACCUGAGUAUGAACUUCAUGGGAGACCUGACAACAGAGGAGAUCAUGCAGUCGUAUGCCACGCUCAUUCCACCUGCCCACAUCCAGAGGGCGCCAUCUCCUUUCGUGGGCACGUCAGGUGUUGAUGUUCCAGACACGGUGGACUGGAGAAGCCAAGGCUUUGUCACCAGCGUCAAAUACCAGGGUUCAUGUGGCUCCUGCUGGGCCUUCAGUGCUGCAGGGGCCCUCGAGGGCCAGUUGGCCAAGACCACAGGGAAGCUGGUGGACCUCAGCCCCCAGAACCUGGUGGACUGUUCUAGUAAAUACGGCAACAAAGGCUGCAACGGGGGCUUCAUGACCCAGGCCUUCCAGUACGUCAUCGACAACCAGGGCAUCGACUCAGAGGCCUCGUACCCGUACAGAGGACAGGAUCAGCAGUGCCGCUACAGCCCCUCCUCCCGCGCCGCCAACUGCUCCAAGUUCAGCGUCCUGCCUGAAGGCGACGAGGGGGUUCUGAAGCAGGCGCUCGCCACCAUCGGGCCCAUCUCCGUGGCCAUCGACGCCACGAGGCCCAAGUUUCGUUUCUGGCAUAGCGGAGUGUACAACGACCCGAGCUGCUCCCAGCAUGUGAACCACGGGGUGUUGGCUGUGGGCUACGGGUCUCAGAACGGACAGGACUACUGGCUGGUGAAGAACAGCUGGGGAACGUCCUUCGCAGAACAGGGCUACAUCAAGAUGUCGCGCAACAAGAACAACCAGUGUGGCAUCGCGAGUUACUGCAGCUAUCCCAUCAUGUAGCAACAUGGAGAGAGACAAAGAAAUCUUUAAUAAUCAAACUCAAUUCUUUGUUCUGUGCAAAUUUUUUAAUGAAAAUGUUUUACUGUAAGAGCCACUAAUGGGAAUGUGAUACUAAAAGUACCAGCACUCUUUGGUGUAUUCUUACAAAAACAUAUCUCCAAGUGGAAUUUAAAAGUUUUCCUCUAAACACCUCAUCCCUGAAACUCACUGUCUUGUGUUUGUGUGAUUUUUAAAUCUGUAAUAAUGGAAUGUAUGUUCGCUGCUGAGGCUCAGACAGGUUUGGAUCCAUAUGUAGGUUUAGUCUCAGUAAGCAUCUCGUCUGUGCCUGUGACCCAGUCGAGGUGAAGAAGUGAUUUUUGCUCCAGCAGCUGUUAACCUGCCAUUAAAGCUGUCUGAAAGGAAACCAUUGACGUGGGAAAUUGGUGUGGUGGACAAUUCAGAUUUUACAUGUUACCAGUGAUCAUCAAUGGAAUCAAUACCUGUGUAUCUGGUAGAUAUCUGUGCACAUGUUGAUGUAGCAUCUACAAGCUGCCUGUAGGAAACUCACGUUAUGGUGCACGGGAGAGAACAAACCUCCUUCUGGUGUUUUUAUUUCCCACUGACGCCAAAUAUUCAUCUUUACCAAGACGUCAGGAGACAAACAACCGUUCACUGUCACAUUCACACUACGGGCAACUCAGAGUCUCCAGUUAACUUCAGUUGUACGUCUGUGGACUGUUGGAGGAAGUUGGAUGAAAUCUCGCUUCGGGGUGAACAUGCAAACUCUACACUAUUAACCACGGUGCUGCCCGACAGAUUCAAAUUUUAUGGAAACUGCAUUUUCAGUAACACAAACCUUGAGUCCUUCGAUGAUGCGUAUAUCUUCUGUUUAAUCCAAUCAAAAAGUGAUGACAAGUUUGGGUUUGACAACACAAUGAUAGUCUGGAUGGUUUCUUUGUUGCUGCAAUGAACCUUUAAGACGUUGCAGCUGUUCUGUGUCUUAAUGCUAAGCUAACUAGCUUUAAUUUCAUAUACUUUCUCUCUGCAACUAAUUAGCAGGUUUCCUCCAAUGUUCAACUCCUGUAAAGUAAGACAGUGAAAUGGGCUUGUCACUAAUUAAACUGGUGAAACAUUAA